ACCAGCAGACCUGCUGGUGACACGUUUAGCUGCUCAGCACCACGGACAGCGACCACAUCCCAGCAAUUUCCGUCUGUUUAUGGACGAAAUAAAAAGAUUUUACAACCUGGUGUCCAAACGGGGAUCAGCUUGUUUGUAACUAACCAUUUGGACUUUUCACCUCUUGUCAGAGUAAGCCUAAUCUUGAUUUGAUUUAUUGAUGUUUUCUCUGAUCACGAAAAGUUAAACGUCAUCCAGUUGUAUAAUGUGUGAAACAUUUCUGUAUGCUACAUUUCUAAGUUAUUACCGUGGGAGGGUCAUCUGUGCGUAAAAGCUGUGCCAUGCUUGACGCGCGCAAAGCUUUGGUGUGCGAACUUGGUGUAGGAAAAAAUAAUAAAGCAUUUUAAUAAUAAGUGUUAAUAAAAGUUAAGUGGGUCUAAAAAUGGGUCAUCAGCCUGGAGUUUGAUUAUUAAAUGUGAAGCUGUGCUUGCGCGCAACAUUGGAUCCUUUUGGAGAUCAUGCGUUUUCAGGAGGUGGCAUAAAUAUGUUAUUCUAAGUUCUGAGCUUCAAUUAUUGUUUAUUUAUUUUGUUUGUUUAUUGAUAAAUAUAAAAUCUGUUCAACUUUCUCAUCGAGCUGCGGACUUUUCAUUCCAAAGUAAGCGCGUAAAGAAGUAAUUCCAAACCCAGAGGAACAACACCUGCAUGUGGACUAUACAUAAUGGAUCUUCUGGACCUGAACUGGUCUCCCCUGCCAUCAGAACUCAACUCCUCUGGACUCACUGGUCCACCUUUUCUGUUUUUUUACCCUCACCUGUCGAACAUCUCCAACGUGUCCGCUCAGAGCGUCCCCUUUCAGGGCAGCAGCACCCUGAUGACCGCGGUCAUCUCCUUCACCGUCUUCUUGGUGGGUCUUACCGGAAACACGUUGGUCAUCUACGUGGUUCUGCGCUACGCCAAGAUGAAAACCGUCACCAACAUCUACAUCCUGAACCUGGCCGUGGCCGACGAGCUCUACAUCCUCGGGCUGCCCUUCCUCACCACGCAGAAUGUCCUCUCUUAUUGGCCCUUCGGUUCCUUUCUCUGCCGCGUGGUCAUGACCGCAGACUCCAUGAACCAGUUCACGUCCAUCUUCUGUCUCACCGUCAUGUCCAUGGAUCGUUAUCUGGCGGUAGUCCAUCCGAUCCGCAGCACCAAGUGGAGACACCCCCGCGUGGCCAAGGUGGUGAGCGCAGCGGUCUGGGCUGUGUCCUUCGUUGUGGUCCUGCCGGUGGUCAUCUUCUCUGAUGUCCAGGACACAUUUAACUCCUGCAACAUGAUCUGGCCAGAACCAAAUAACGUGUGGUCCACAGCCUUCAUCAUCUACACAGCCAUGGUGGGCUUUGUUGGACCUCUGCUCAUCAUCUGCCUCUGUUACCUCCUCAUUGUUGUUAAGGUGAAGUCCUCCAGCGCUCGAGUUGGCUUCACCAAACGCAGGCGUUCAGAGCAGAAGGUGACUCGGAUGGUUGUAGUCAUCGUGGUGGUCUUUGUGCUCUGCUGGCUGCCAUUCUUCAUCAUCAACAUGGUCAACCUGGUGGUCAUCAUCCCUGAGUCCAGCAUCACCGCUGGCAUCUACUUCUUUGCCGUCAUACUGUCUUACGGCAACUCCUGUGCAAACCCGCUGCUCUAUGGCUUUCUGUCCGACAACUUCAAGCAGAGCUUCAGAAAGGUUCUCUGUGUGAGGAGUAUGAGAUGUGCUGCUAAUGGUGUAGAUGAUGGAGAACCCAGCGCUCCACGCACUGAGAAAACCACAGCCCAGGACUGCAUCCUGCUGUCACCUCGGAACAAGGUCUGCAACGAUCCUCAGAGCAGCCAGGUCUCACCCCACCCCACCGGCUCCCGCUCUCAAACAACUGGACACCUGAACCGCUCCACACCGACAUACCAGCUUCCCUCCUCCCUCCCAGAAGCCACCAUGUUUAACGCCACACUGACUUUUAAGAUGACCGCCUCCGACCCACCCACCACCACAGCCGUGACCACCUCCUCUGCUGCACCCGCAGAUCUACAGGAUCAGUAGGAAAUGAACUCUGGGUUUUUAAGUGUUUGCAGAAAGGAGAACAAGCAGGUGAUGCUCCUGAAGACAAAGUAAAGACAGACUGAAAUGCAGAAAAAGAACAAAUCUUGGAGUAUUUAGAAAUCCAGGUUCAUCAAAACAUUCAUGCUUCUGAAUAUUUUCUCUAUCAUAAGUGCCUUUUCAAACAUUGAAAAAAAAAAUCAUCAAAACUCCUUAAAAAUAGAAGAUCUACAAUCAGUUUUGGAAAUUGGAAAGGCCCAGUUGGAUCAAAACAUCUACUGACCAAAAGAACACAACAAAACGUCUCACAUUUACCAAAAAGGUGACACCCCGAGACUUUUGAGAAAAUAUUCUGUGGACUGAUGAGACAAAACUAGAACCUUCUGGAAGGUGAGUGUCCCAUCUAAUGUAAAACAAACACUGAAGCAUCACGAACAUUCUAGCAUGGUGGUGGCAGUGAGAUGGUUUGGGAGAGCUCUUGUAAUGAUAGAAACACGAUUUCUGCUCCCUAGCAGAACUACCUGUAGAACAACAUCUGAUCUUUGACCUUAAACAGGAUCUUCGUGUUGAAAAAAUCAAAUAAACCCUCCAGCAUGUCUGAAUUAAAACUAUUCUGUAAAGAAGAAGGGGACAAAACGGUAACCAAUUAACACCAAUGCUUUUUAAGUUGUUUCCGAUUAUUAUCGGUCAUGCAGGCUGAGCAUGAAUAAAAUCUCUUACACAUACCUCCUGAAUUAGCUUCAGAUAGAAAAUAGAUGGUGAAACUCUAGGAUUUCAAAAGCUUUAAAAACCUGACAGAUCUACGUCACACUGUCUCUUAACGUUCAUGGACUCACCUAUCUUGACUUGCGACGGGGAAGGCUGUUGCUGGUUUAGAGUCCAGGAAACAGCAGAGAAUCUCUCGGCUAGUAGCUAACCGCAACUCCACCACAUGGCAGAACUCCUCCAGGCUUAUGAUUUUUGUGGGGAUAAAAUAUCAACGUUAUAAGCAAACAGAGUUAGUGAUAGAGUCGUGUUGCUGUUAUCCAAUCAGAAACGAGAUGUCCAAAUAUCAGGAAAUAAAAUAAAAAUAAGACUCCAAAUCCUGUCGUCUGAACCUUCUCCUCCAGCUGACAAGUACUUCCUGAUUCAGGCUCAUCUGAGCUUUUUUCCCCCCGGAGUACAACUCACAAGUUAUUCAUUCCUACUAGAGACCACUGCAAAUGUAUUGAUUAAACAAGUGUUCAACUCCUUUAAGAACUAUGGGUGAAUAAUUGUUUACAGCACCGUGUGAAGCAGCUUUUUGCUUCCUGUGUUUUCCAGUCUCUUUGUAUCUAAACAGUAGACGUGAUGUCUGUUUGAGACGUGCUGGUAAAUACAUUUGGCCUUUGUGAUGCUGAUCCCACUUAAGCUCUCAUGGAUCACAUAUCUCAUGACCGAGAUGAAGAGGAGGAUUAUGGGGCUAUAGCAUACGCCUAUUUAUGAUUGGCUGGUGUGUGCUGUUUGAGUUUGUUUGUGGCUCUGCAACAUCAAGCUGUUUCAAAAAGAUCUGAACCAAAAUGUAUAAUAUAAGAAAUCUAAACGUGUUUAUUAUAUUCAUGUUUUGUGCCAUCAUACCUUUUUUUUUUAUUAUCGUAUCAUUAAAAAAACCCACCAAUAUUUCCUCGAUAGAAAAACUUGAUGAAUCUAAACAUUAAAAACUAAAUAUAAUAAAUGGUUACAUUAUAUGAAUGUGGAGGGCUUUUGGUGCCUUUCUGGUCACAUUUGUGCCUGAAAGGAAAUAAAUGUUCUGAGUAAUUUUGGAGGAGGUGACUGACGAAAACUAAGAGAGGUGAAAAAAAAAUAUCAACCCUGUUUAUUAUGAAGGCUUUUAAAAUGCUUUUUGAUAUUUGUUGUUGUUUAAAUGUGCCAGUUGUCUUUGGACUAAAAUGGUGUUAUUAAAAUCUGAUCACGU